AUGGAGGCCAACAAAGAUACCUCGGAAGCCAGAUCGACACCCGAGCUCAGUGAGAACGUACCAUCUGCUGCAAAUGUUGCUGAAGGAGCAGGCGGCGGUCUGGGGCUCCAGGCUCCCAAUUCGAAGAAGCGAGCAUAUCCUGGUACCACUACUGCUCCUGCCACUGAUGCUUCCGAUGAUCGGCCUCUACGCGACUUGAGCCGGAUCAACUAUCCCAAGAAGCGGGUUUCGGUCGCCUGUGAACUAUGUCGGUCGCGAAAGACGCGGUGCGAUGCAAAGAAACCCUCUUGCUCGUUCUGUUUGCAGACGGGCGUCCCGUGCAUUUACAGAACGACUGUGAUCAGCACCAACCAAGCUCCAAAGACCUCGAACGGCGAAGACCAUCAACUUGAAGAUGAGCAGGUCAAUUACAGCCACUGGCAGAAUGUCAUAGCACGUCUCGACCGCAUUGAAACACUCCUAGAAAAACCCGGCAGCCGGUGGUUCGGGUCGCUUGAACCAGAAAGCCCUGCAAACCCUAGCAUCCGCAGUCUAGAAGCCGCCACAUCCCUUUCAGCUAGUCGUGCACCAGUGGGCAGGAGAAGACAUGGCCACCAACAAAACGAGUCCUCGCUAGUCGGUCUCACAUUAUCGGGACUGUCCCGGCUCGUGGGUCAGCAGUGUCCUCUGCCCCUAUACCCGCUGGCUGACGACGACGACGACGAAGCUUUCCUGGAGCGGCAGGCAAAGCAAGGCGAGGCUCUCUUCCAGAACAGCCACCUGACAGUAGCAGAUUUGUCCAUCACGACGAGAUCGCUCUGGCGACUGCAAAACUCGUUCGCACACAAUGUCUUACCUUGGUGUCCACUCUUCGAUCAGAAAGAUUGCGUGAACAUGACCACCCGCACCUACGAUGCACAGUUCCCGGACCAAAGUCUAGAAACCUGCCUGACGCUCUUUGUUCUCGCUCUGGGGGCCCUCACACGGUCCGAGCACCACGUGGAGGAUAGCCAUGCGGGCGACUUUCCGGGUCUCGAUUACUUCCAGGUGGCAUCCAAGAUUCUUGGCUGUGAUCGAUCGUCGAGGUACGGGAUCCUGUCUAUCCAAUGUCGCAUCCUGAUGGGAUUAUACUGCCUCUACUGUCUGCGGCCUUUGCAGGCAUUCGAUGCCAUCCACGAGGCUUCUCUGGGCGUCGUUGCCUUGGUACAAUGUAAGAAACGCCUGGAGACCGACACGGAUCUGCAACGCAUGACUUACCGUGCCUAUUGGGCCUGCUAUCUCCUCGAGCACGAAUUGCAAGCCUACAUCUCGUAUAGCGCAUGCCUCCUCCAAUCGCAUCAUGACUUCGUUCCGCUCCCCCUGAGUGACCACGAUGAGCCAGGCAUGUACUGGUUUCUCGCCGAGGUGGCAUUUCGCCGCAUCUUGUCGAAUCCGCACGCCGGCAUCGGCUGGAAUGCAAACACGCUGCAUGCGCCCGUGGUGGUUGACGAGAUCAUAUCACAGAUAGAUCUAUGGUACGCUCAUUUGCCAAACCAGCUCAAGUUCCCUCUGGGACUUUCGCCCGUCUUAGAUCUGCACAAGGGUUUCCUUCGCGGCCAGUAUUACUCUAUCAAUUCGGUCUUAAGCUGGUCGCAUGUGGUCAGGCUCUUGACGAACCAGGCCCACGACGAGCAGGAGAUGAGUCGAGAUUUGCAGGCUGCGGCACGAUCUUUGGAGUUUUCGGUUCUGGCGAUCUUCUCGGUGGAAUCGCUGGUACAUGAGAGACAUCUGCUCCUCUUGGCUAAUCUAUUUGGGAUUUAUACGCAAGUCAUGCUCCUCUUGUGCACAUACCGUGUCCCCGAGUUGGCGGCGAUCCAGCAACCUUCUCAGCUCGAAGCAAUCAGGAAAGGCCGUAGCUUGCUUGCCAUCUGGAUGACGAGUGCAGAAAUCGCAAGCUACGUCGAUAAGAUAGACCAUACGAUGAUGGCAAAAGGAAUUGCCGUCUACGAGCAUACUACUGGAACCAAUAUCAGCCCCAACCAGGCGCAUCCGCCCCUAGUGCGGACGAACUCGAUUCCUCACGGACAUGGGCCAAGCUUGAUUUCUGGUGGCCGGACCGACGCCGACCUGUCCUACCUGUCUCGAUAUUCUGGCUCUUGA